GACGGCUUCCAUUUCAUUUCCGCUUUCAUCCGCAGUCACAGCAUUUCCACAUUCCGCCGCUUCCAUUUGGAGAAAUAUUGUGUGUGUUUUUCCAGAAAGGCUGGCGGUGACUGAGGUUCAAUAUGCGGCAGAGUGGAUAGGGGCAAGGCCGACGACGUGGUGCCGAUAUUGGUUUGCGUCACUUAGAUGCGGGAUCCCGUCUCUUGCUACGUUCCCUUCAUUUCCGUCUUUUUUCGUGGCAGCUCCGUGCAAGAAGCUGUGCCUCUGGACUCAGGAGCUACUGUACCUAGGUAUGCGGCCGUGGAACAGAGCUCCACCACGAAUGGCGUCCCCCGAAACGGCUCGGCCUCGCGGUUGUGUUGGCGCAGGGGCGCAGGGGGGCAGGUGCGGGCGGCGCACGAGGAAGGAGCCAACGGCGAUCGGCCUGGGGUAGAUUUGGGGGCCCCGCUAGCGUGCCGUAGCCGAAGCUUGGUUUUGGACAUUCACAUUCACAGUAUCGACCCGCCCGCCGCCCUGCCGCCUCGCACAAGGAGCGCCCGCGCUACCUUUGAGCCGCCGACGCCGCUGCAGCAAAUGCGCCUCCACGCCAGCCUUCUUCGCGCUGUCUCGGUGCACCGCCGCGUUCCUGGCCGCCCUCUGACAGCGGUUGGCCGGAGCAGAGAGCGUUUCAAAACAACUGGCCCCUGCGCAAAAGCUUAGCGUGGCGUGGCCCGAGGGCGGGCGCGAAGGACGAGCGCCUCGAAACAACCAUGCUCUUCAUCUGGGCACAGAGUGCAUGCCGGGCUAAAAGCGUUUGGCACCCGCCAAUUGCAGAGUGCAAUCGACCAGGAAUGGGAGUCUCUGCCUGUGGCGCAGGCCCAUGGCAGCUGCGCUUCUGUUUCCCCUGUACUACGUGAGCCCCAACCCCCCGCGCGCCCGUAUAUAGUCGAUUGUCGCCGCCCGCUGCACACAGUCCUGGUCCUGCUGCUUGCGACCACACUGUGUCUUGGAUUCCCGCGUGA